AUGAAGCUCUCCACCCUCCUAAUCCCCACCAUCCUCAGCCUCUCCUCCACCACCACGGCCCUAGGAAUCAACUGCCGCGGCAGCGGGUUCUGCGGCGACGCCAGCAGCGGCUCAGGCACGCGGCUCUCGCGUAUCAAGAACAAGAUUGACGCCAUCGACGACAACGCGCACUACAACAACGGCGACCACAUCGCCUGCGAUGUGGACCCGAUCGGCUCUGGCUUCUGCGCCUUCUUCCAGUCUACUGGCGAUGGCGGCAGCGCGGCCGACGCCAAGCGGUUGGUGCAGGAUUUGAUUAAUCAUGGGUGUGCGGCUUGUGGGAGUGUGCCUACUGGACAGGAGAAUGAUGUCAAGAAUGGACAGCUUACGGUGAAUUAUGUGGGGAGUCCGAGGAGGGUUAGAAGAUGA